AUGGAAGAAAGUUGGUGUAGUGUCGAUAAUGCAGCAAUAAGCCUCACGGUAAGUGUUCUCUCUGUUACUCUCUCUCUCCACUAUGAGGGAGUUGCAAAACGAUAUGAGACAGAAAAGGCUACCACCAUGGACUGGCAGCGUUGGUCUCUCACAGACUCAUCAAGCGCGCGUCCAGUGAUGCGUUUCGGUUAUGCGAGAUCUGAAAUGAUUUGCUUAAAAAAGAACCAACAACAAAAAGAGGACGCCGCAAACAGCCCUUGUUUGGGUAGACAAGAACUGAGCCCAUCUUCACCGGUUUGUACCAAUGAUGCUGCAGCGCACAUUAAAGUGGGUUCAUACUAUGAGAUAGACCAUUCAAAACUCUCUCGAAGAACCCCGGAUCAACUCAGGUCGAUCAGAAUCAUUGUGGUGAGUAAGAAGUCCAAAAAUAGCGUUUCACUGAGGUUCCCAAGUAUCCAUUCUCUCCGUGACCACUUCAGCGAGAGGAACCGGAGGAAGACAGAGAAGAAUAUGCUGCCAGCAAUGGACGAAAAACAUGUGAUGGGAUUGGAACUGGCCGGAGAAGUACUUUACCGGAGAGUCCCACCUCACCAAAUCUCAGUCAGGAGAAAGGAAUGGAGUUUCUGGGUGAUGAUGCCUUCGGAUGAUAAGGAAAAAAUUCCAAGUACAGCGUCGAUCAAUAAGCUCUGUAGCGUGGUUUCAAAAAAGGGACUAUGCUGGUCUCAACUCUCUUCUACAGGGAUGGUCAAGUGGGGCAACCGCCGCCAAGUUAGGUACCUUAGCCGACACCUGAAGGAGAAGGAUCAUGAAGCAACGGAGCAGAUUGUUUCAAGCAGUCCCGUCAGUGAAGGUCAGGAAGUGAAAAGCGAAGAGAACAUUAAGGAUGACGAAGAGGAAGAGGAUGCAAAAGAGGCAGAAGAAAUUGAUGACUAUGAGGAGAAUGUCAAUGGAGAUAAUGAUUCUGGUGAGUCAACGAAGAGGAAUAACCGUAAGAGAAAACGCCAGAGAUCAACUCACAAAGCUAAGCGGGUUAAACGUGAGAAACGGUAUCAGACUUUGGCUAACCAGCGGAAUACCAAGGAAAACAGACAGAAGAACUUCAUAGAUAGAUGGUCCCUUCAGAGGUAUAAAUUGGCCGAGAAAAACAUGUUGAAAGUCUUAAAGGAGAAAGGUGCAGUGUUUGGAAACUCAAUCCUGAGACCAGCGUUGAGAUCAGAGGCCAGGAAGUUGAUAGGCGACACAGGUCUUUUGGAUCAUCUGCUCAAGCAUAUGGCCGGAAAGGUGGCUCCUGGUGGACAAGAGAGGUUUAUGAGGCGGCAUAAUGCAGAUGGGGCAAUGGAGUACUGGCUGGAGGGCGCGGAUUUGGUCAAUAUUAGAAAGGAGGCUGGGGUUCAAGAUCCAUAUUGGACGCCACCAGCUGGAUGGAAGCCUGGUGAUAACCCUACCCAAGACCCUGUUUGUGCGAGGGAAAUCAAGGAGCUUAGAGAAAGGGUCGCCAAAUUGGAAAGAGAGAUGGAGCAACAUAUAUCUAAGAAACAAGAAGAAGACCUUGCCACUGUGACCACCUUAAAUUCUAUUGUCACAAGCGAGACCCGGCAGCUUGAUAACUCGAUAAUUCUACGGAAGGAAAUGUACACAGACCUAAUUAACAAAAAAGCUCAGAUUGAGGACCAAUUGAUGAAAAUUUCACAGAUGAUCGUGCAGGGUGAGAGACCAAGGCCCGAAUCAAUUGUCCAAGAACCUGGAUCUAACAAGGCGGCAGGGCCAACUCAGACACCAUUAUUAUUCUCAGUACCUCCACCACCAUCAUCAAGCACUAACAAGGAAACAACUGCUGUGACUGGUAAAAACCAAGAAUCAGAAAUAAUAUCGGAGAAGGAAGAAGAGAGAGAAAGGUUAAGAGGGAAAGCAGCACCUCCGGCGCCGCCGUUCCCACCGCUGAAAACAAUAUCAGCGACAGAGGACAUGGCAAGCAAAAUAGAACGGCUGAAGAGUGGGUUCAGAAUAUGCAAGCCCCAAGGUAGCUUCCUGUGGCCAAACAUGGGAAUUUCCCCAACGGUUCCACUUGAAGACAUACUUCCAGUCCCUACUCCCCCCUCUUCGUCCACAACUCCCACAGCGCCUUCUCCUACUCACCUUGCUUCCCCUUUCAAACCAUUAGCUGAAAGGCGGCAUUUCAUCGUUCCCACUCCCCUUAUUCCCCAUGAGACCACCACCCAUAAUGGCAAGACGAAUAGCUACACUUCCAUCAACCUUAAUGAACUUCCUGAAAACCACGGUGAAGGUGGAUUUUGCUUGUCCCAGUAUCAGAAUCUGGGUCCCAGCAACACCUCGCCUGCACGUCUAACCUAUCAGAGGAGACAACUCUUCCAUGGUUGA